CUCUCGUUGCCUGAAUCGCGAUCGACAUUUUCCCUCCACCAAAGCAAAGCAAAAAGACGCCUCUUUUUGCUUUUUGAUCUGAUUCCACAGAGAGUCUCAUCCGACACGCAGCUCGGCUACCACGAACAAAGCGAAAAGCCCCCCCCCCUUCAAAGAAAAAAAAGAAGCAAAAAGCGAGGAUUCAUGGCUGGUCGAGGACGAGGCGGGCGCAAAUCGUCGUCGUCCACCUCGAUGGCGAGCUUGGAUGGCAGCACACAGCAGCAGCAAGGGUUCCGGUUUGCAGGCGACCCUGCGUCGGCGGCGGCAGCAGUGGCGGCAGCAGUCGAACUCCAGCUCGGCGCCGGGCUCAGCAAUACAGCCGCAGGCAAUGCCAGAGGGCCGUUCAUGGUGCCGCCAGCAGCGAGCGGACCUGCCAGCUCGCUCAUGCUCGGCAUGAACAUGCACUCACUCCAACUUGGCGGCGGCGGCGGCGGCCUGGGUGCUGGAGCUGCAGCUGGGCUUCAAAAUGGCGAGCUCGACGCAGCUGCGCUUCACGGCUUGGAUGAGUUUGGAGCGCACGCCCACCAGCAGCUGUCUGCGUCGUUGCCAAUGAGCUCAAUGCUAGACCACUCGGCGGUCGGCGCGGACGGACUCGGCUCGGUCGACGACCUGCUUCUCAACUUCCCGUCUAUCGGCCUCCAGCUCACCCCCAACUCUGCUGGGCGAACCACGGCACCCAUGCGCUCAAUGAGCAUGCUGGGCGUGGCUCCUGGAAGCGCGGGCCCCGUCGUCCAGGCGACCGUCCUUCGCGACGAGCAGAAGCGUCGCCCUUCCUCCAGCGUUCCAAGCACCCCGCUUCGCUCGCAGAUGCGCCUCCAGUUGCAGCAGCAGCAGGCCAUGCUGGGCUCUCGGAGCAGAUCAUCCACACUGCUGGCGCAGCCAUUGCCGAGUGCCGUCAAGCAGGAGCCGCUCAGCGAGCACGAGCCGUUUGGCAACGAGCAUGACGCCAGCGGUGGCCUCGACAGCCAAAUGGACAUUGCGAUGGAAGACCAGCAGGAGAGCGGACAGUCCUCCCUGGCAGACAGCUCGCGGACAUCGUCCAUUUCGGCCGGACAGCCACCAAACCUGGCGAGCGCGGCACUGGGCGUGUUCGCACCGUCCUCGUUCAAUGGCGUUCAACCUGCCGGCGCCUUCCCCGAAGCCGUCACAGUCCCACGCCAAGUCCUCAACGUGCGAUCGUCGCUUGCCUUCCCUACAGCAUACCAUCUGCACGAGAAACAGCGCCUGCAGCUCCAAGAAUUUAUCAGCACCACCAUGAACCAGCCUGGCGACGCGGGCAUGUCUCUCCCGCCAGGAUUGGUUGGCGCGGAGUUUGGCACGGCUGUUUCGUCCACUGCGGCCUCUUCUGUGAUUGGCGAGGAGGUCAGCUAUGAUUUCGACGACGGUCAGGAUGAAGCCAUGUCUUCGCUCGAGAGUUCCAUGAUUUCGCAAAGUGGCGUUCCCUCUGGCAGCGGCAUGUUCAAUUUUGGCGCUGGCAUGGCGGGAUCCGCACCCAGCGACUACGAUCCUGAUGACAUUCAAACGUUGAUCAAGAGUCGGAAGAAGAAGGAUAAUCACAAUGCUAUCGAACGUCGCCGCAGGUAUAACAUCAAUGACAGAAUUGUAGAGCUGGGAUCGUUGCUACCAAACGCAGAGAUCGACCCCAAGGCCUCGAAGGGCUCCAUUUUGAAGCGCUCUGUGGACUAUAUCAAAUAUCUGCAAGACAUCAACCGCUCAUUAUCCGAGAAGCUGGCUCAAACUGGAACGGUGGUUGAGCUUCCCGAGUUUACAAGCACUGGAGAGUAGGCGGCUACUGACCCUUGGCUUCUCUCCCAAUGACUUGCUUUUGAGAAUUCGCCGCGCGCCUUUUCACAGGUUGUCCUACUCCGCUCCCGUCCUCCCUUCCCAACAUCAGAGAUCGAUUGAUUCAAAAAUUACCACCCUUUGUUUUUGUACUUUGUCUGCUUUUGACUCCCUCCUCCCGUGUUUUUUUUUUCAGUUGCCAGUGCUUGUCUACUCGUUGAGCAACCUUUUCUGUGCAGUUUUCGAAUGUUGUUUUUGUUUUGUUUGUUGG